AUGGAGGAUUUGCCUAUAGAAAAUAUUGAAGACAGCAGCUCAGAUUCUAAUGCAUCAUUUUCGAGCUCAGACUAUAAGGAAAGCAGGCAAAAUUUAAAGAAAAACCUCAUAACAGAUAUAAAAGAGUUUAAAGAGCACCAUAAAGACUGCCAAGAAAAUCUUACUUCCCCUUUAAAAGCAAGCAAAAUCAUUGGAAAAAUUAAACCUCCUUAAGAUCAAAUAAUUUUCUCAUGUAAAUUGUCUAUAAUAAAUAUUUAAUAAUUUUUAUAGCAAGAUCUCUAGCUAAUUAUAUUAAAUUUAUCACAGUUGCUAUUCUUAAGCACAAAUUUGGAAUAGAAAAGCAAUUUUUUAUUUUUUUUAAAAACAAAUAACUCCCUUUCAGCAGAGCGAGCAAGAUUUUAUGUUUGCUCUUAAAUUAGGAAAGAUUAGCUACUUAUUACAGCAAGCUGAAAAAUAUGCCAAUUUUCUAUUUUAUAAUGAUGAAGAAACAUCUGAAGCUUGUGAGGAUACCACAAAAAGAAAAAAAUCUCAUAAAACACCAGAUAAUCUGUAUAUGGCUGAUAUGAGUAAGCAGCAGCGCGUUAUUAGAAUAAGUACUCAGCCUUCCAUAAUAAAAAAUGGCCAGUUGCGCCAAUAUCAAAUAGAUGGGAUAAACUGGCUAAUUAGCUUAUUUAAAGCUGGGAUAAAUGGAAUCCUUGCUGAUGAAAUGGGUCUUGGGAAAACAGUUCAAGCUAUUGGCUUCUUAGCAUAUCUUAAAGAAAUAGAAAAAAUAGAUGGCCCACAUCUUAUAGUUGUCCCGAAGUCAACCCUAGGAAAUUGGAUUAUUGAAUUUUCUAAAUGGUGCCCAUCAUUUCGCACUGUAAAAUUAAUUGCUGCUAAGCCAUAUCGUGAAGAAAUACUAAAAAAUGAGCUUAUUCCCGGAAAAUUUGACAUCUGUGUUACUUCAUAUGAAGGGAUCUUUAUUUGCCAAAAUUAUCUGAAAAAAUAAGUUAAAUAAUUAUUUUUGUUGAAUAAUAAUAGUAAAAAUUAUUAUUUAAAAAAAAUUAUAGUUUUUUUAUAUGUUACCAAAAAAUACAAGUGGAAAUUCCUUAUUAUUGACGAAGCUCAUAAAAUAAAAAACGAUGAAUCCAAUCUUGCUCAACUUUUGAGACAGCUGCAUAGUGACCAUCGUAUUUUAAUUACAGGAACUCCAUUACAGAAUAAUUUGCAUGAGCUUUGAAGCUUAAUGAACUUUUUGCUCCCAGACUUGUUUUCUUCAUCAUCAGAAUUCGAUGAAUGGUUUAAUCUAGGCACCGAAGAAGGUCUCAAAACUGAAGAAAUCGAGAAUAAAAAUGUAAAAAUGGUCCAGCAGCUUCACAAAAUACUUAAGCCUUUUAUAUUAAGAAGAACGAAAUCUGAAGUAGAAAAAGGAAUUCCAGCUAAAAAAGAAAUCUUGGUAGCAUUGAAUAUGACUGCACUACAAAGAGAUUUAUAUAUGCUGUAUUAUUUGAAUAAUAAAUAUGGGCUAUUAAUAAUAUUUUAAUGCAUGAUCUAUCCAAAAAGCAUAAAAAAAUAUUAACAAAUGAACUAGUGAAGCUAGACAGUAAAAGCCACUAUUUAAACGUCGUCAUGCAGCUUAAAAAAGUCUGCAAUCACCCCUUCCUUUUCCCAGGCAUUGAAGAUCUUAAUUUAAAUUAACUUAUUAAUAGAGAGGCUCUCGCCAUAAUUUUGACACAAUCACCGAGGAUCUCCGAUACCGGAGACUCGAACUUUUUGCAGCCGUGCCUUCCACCAGGGGCUGCAGUGUCUCCUCCUUAACUUUUGACUCCAGUGUUAAGUGGGCAGUCUUCUGAUUGUGCAGCCUUACUUGAGGCUAAUGGACAAGGAGCAAGGGUUUUCCACAAAAAUUCCCAAAAAAUAGAAUUUCUGGUCGACUCGGUAAAAAGGGAAAAUGCAUAGUCCAAGGCGGUCGUAACCCUCAGUUUUACGCUGGUGAAAUGCCCGAUAGGUCUAAGCAUUGCAUGCAGGCAAUGUUUUUCAACUUCCGUGCCACCUUCCCCUUGAGGCAAAAUUCAUCCUUUAAAGCGGGCUUGCGCUAGACUCUGAUAGGUCAAGAAUUGCUUAUCUAGCAUCGCUAUCCAUUUCUGAGAUAGCAAAACCUUGCUUGAUAUAAUUAAAUAUGUGCUCGAAGGGAGUCGGCGCAGCCAACCACGAAACAUCGAGACGCCAUGUUUAAUUCGAGGCAUUGAAGAUCAAAAUACCACAAAUUAUUUCGAAGGACUAGUUGCUCAUUCAGGAAAAAUGAAACUAUUAGACAGACUUUUAUUAAAAUUAAAAGAAAAUGGCUCACAAGUUUUGAUUUUUUCACAGAUGACAAUGAUGCUAGACAUAAUAGAAGAUUAUUGCUCAUAUAAAGGCUAUUUUUACUGCAGACUAGAUGGCUCAACAGAUAUAUACGAAAGAGAACAAAUGAUCGAGAAAUUUAAUAUGCCAGGCUCAGAAUAUUUUAUUUUUCUUUUAUCAACUAGAGCAGGAGGCUUAGGUAUAAACUUAGUUUCUGCAGAUACAGUGAUUUUGUAUGAUUCUGAUUGGAAUCCACAAACAGAUUUGCAGGCUAUGGACCGUGCCCAUCGUAUCGGACAGAAAAAACAGGUUAAUGUGUAUAGGCUGGUGAUAAAAGACAGCCUUGAAGAGAGGAUAAUAGAGCGACAAUGCCUUCGUCUUAAACUUGAUUCCCUUAUAAUUCAAACUGGAAGGCUUGCUCCAAAAAAUGCUCCACUUCAAAAAGAAGAACUUACUCCCCCCUUUAAAUUGGAACUAAAAAUUUUGUUCCAAUUUAAAGGGGGGUUAAUUUUAUUUUUUAAAAAAAAAAUAUCAAUAUAAAAUUUUUUUAUAAAAUAUAUAAAAAUUUCAACAAAAAAAAAUUUCAAAAACUUAUCGAAUUAGAUCAAUAAAUUUGUUUAAUAAAAUGCUAUUUACUCUUUAUCCCUUAAAAUAAAGCAAGAUAUAACUAAAUUUUCAUUAUUAGUUAAUACGCCACUGUUAAUUGGUAUCAAAAUUAUUUACACAAAAAUUAUUAUUUUGAUUGAUAAAAAAAAUUUUAGAAAAUUUAUCGAUCAAAGUGCUAAUUUUGUUUAAAUAAGAUGUUAUUUAUACUCUAUUCUUUAAAAUAAAGCAAGAAAUAAGUAAAUUUUGAAAUUAUAUAAAGAAUUCCUAUUGAGUUUAUAUCAAAACUAUCCAAAUAAAAAAUAUCAUUUUUAGCAAAAAAAACAAAAAUUUUUUUAAAUAUUUUUAAAAAAAAAAAUUAAUUUUUUUUAAAAUUUACCAAUUAAGGGUAAUAAAUUUAUUUAAAUAAGAUGUUCUUUAUACUUUUCUUUAAAAAAGAGCAAGAUAUAACUAAAUUUUUAAGAAAAAACAUUUAGCUUAUAUCAAAACUUUUUAGAUAAAAAUUAUAUAUAAUUUUUUUAUUAUAAAAUUAAAUUUUUGUUCCAAUUUAAAGGGGGUUAAUUUACCAAAAAAGUGGAAGUUUUACCGAUAUUUUGUUCCAAUUUAAAGGGGGGGGGGGGAGUUAGAGAAAUGCUUCACUAUGGAGCAGAUCAAAUUUUUAACGCGACUGAAGAAAAUUCUGACAUAACAGAAGAAGAUCUUGUAGCAAUUUUACAGCGAGGAGAGCAACAUUUGCAAAAAAUUGACCAAGACCUAGAAAACCAGCUUGAUAAGAAAAAAAUGAAUUUGGUCGAUUUUGAGUCAAAAAUCGAUAUGUGAAAUUUCGAAAGUGUAGAUUAUUCAAAAAAGAGAAAAGAAGACUCUAAAGCAGCUAUUGAACUAUUAAUGCAAGAUAAAAUUUUAGAUGAUUAUAAAGCUAGAAGAGAAAGAAAAUUAUAUAACACUGAGCCAAAAUUAGAAAUUUUACAAGGAAAUAAAGGCAAAGAGUUUAAGCCAGUCCCAGAUUAUAGAUUCUGCCAAAAUAGAGAAAGGCUGAUUGAUUUGCAGAAAAAAGAGUUUUUUAAAGAAAUUAAUGACGAAGAAAAACAAGAAUUAGAAAAACUUUUAGCGACUGGAUUUGAGUGGAACCGAAAAGAAUAUUAUUCAUUUUUAAAAGGCUGCGAAUUAUAUGGAAAAGAAGAAUAUGCAUUGAUAUCGGAAGUUAUGGGAAGCAAAACAAUGGAAGAAGUCAAAUCUUAUUCAGAAGUCUUUUGGCAACGGCUAGAUGAGCUUGAAGAAAAAGAAAAAAUCCUCAAACUUUUUGAGAAAAGACAAAGCAUGGUCGAAAAACACAAAAAUUCCCAAAAGCUUUUAGAUCAAAAAUACUCACAAUAUAAAGAACCUUGAAAAGAGCUAAAAUUCCACGUCCUGCCUUCUCACAAAUCAAAGCUGUACACAGAAGACAAUGACAGAAUUUUAGUCUGUAUGACUAAAACAGUUGGGUAUGGAAACUGAGAAGAGCUUAAAGCUUGCUUAAGAAGGUCUCCACUGUUAAGAUUUGAUUAUAUGCUAAGAUCAAGAACUACAAGUGAUUUGCAGAGAAGAGUAGACAGCCUUAUUAAAUUGUUAGAAAAAGAGUAUGAAGAAAAGGUACAUAUUUUUUCCUCUGGACUUUUUGGUGUAAAAGACAUUUCUUCUGGAGUCGAAAUUUUUUUAUCGUGAGAUAUUUGAAGAUUUUUCUCAAAAAAUGUCUCGCAGAAAAAAAUUUGCAACCAAAUUUCUCAAGGAAAUAUCUUACUAGCAAAAAGUCCUGAUCAAAUGGCAUAGAGUUGAAGAAAAAGAAAAUAAUAACGGCGAAAACCAAAAAGUUCCUUCAAAAAGAUCAAAAGAAAACAAUGAUGAGCCAAAACCACGAAAAAUAAAGAAAAUAAAGGAUGCGGAGAUUGAAAAUAAUAAUGAAAUGCAAUAA